CGUUUAUCUAUUAUACCAAAGCAUUAAUAACAAUAAUAAUAAAGUGUCAAUGUAUUCAUACCCGCCCGAAUAUUUGCUUCACCCUGUUCCUGUUUUAGCUUUAUACGGUUUAGCAAACACAGAUGAAACUAAUCUACUUGUCGAUGUUGAACCCACAGAAACUACGGGCUCACCAUCUCGAAGAGACGCCACUUCAAGAUCAGGACUUGCCAAUGCUUUGCUAAGCAUCUUUACAAGUAAACCUGAAUACACUUUGUAUGAAGCAACCCGUUACAUUUCCACCAGUCAUGCCCCUCCUUUUAGAGUCAUUACUGUUUCCAAGGACUAUGUAUUACCUCAGAAACAACAAGCAUUAUCACCCAACUUGCCACCACCUCAUUCUAAUUUAUCACCUUUAUCGCCUGAUUCACCGUUAUAUCCUGAUGGUGUCAUGUCACCGCUUUGGGUGAAAAAGCACCUUUACUCCCCCAGCGUCAUGGUUGGCUUUUAUGACUUGUGGGAGUGGCAGUCCGAACCUGGAAGUACACCUCGACCUAAACGAGAGACGGGCCCUUUAGCUUCUCAAGUUCUCUUUGAUCCUGCCGAAAGAGAGCACGACCAUAAUUUAUCUGUCGAAAUCAACUUAAGACGUAAAUACUUUCAAGAGAAAGGCAUCAAAUUUGCCGCGGUGAUUAUUUUAAAGCAAAGAUAUUCAGAUCAAGCAACAGAAGAAAGAUUAUCUUCGAUUCGAAAGCAAUGUGGACUUGAUGUCAAAACCUCCUUCUUUACAGUAGCUCCAGGUACAUCUACCGAACUUCAGGACUUUGUGAACAAUCUUUAUCGAGCAUUAUACGAACCCGCUAUUCAAUUUUACAAUAACCGUUUGAAGAAAAUCCGUAAAAAGAAAUCCAAAUUGCCAUCACCUUCCAUGGUACCUCGUGUCAUGCCAGACUUAUCAUCUACCGACCCUCAACCAUUAUCCAUCACAGGUUGGAUGCUUAGAUAUGACUUUAAAGCGGCAUUUUUUCAAGAGGUGAAACAAGAGAUUGAUGGAGCUCUCAAGUCUUAUGAAGCUGCAUACAAUGUUAUUUCAGAUAUGCUGGCACCCACAUCUUCCAUUACAAUGGGGCAUGUUAAUUUACAAGUACAUGGAAAGAGAUGGAAAGAAGCCCGUACUUUAGCGGAUUGCAUCAGUGUCAAGAUCUGUAAAUUUUAUCUUUACAUGAAUGAUCCAACUGCUGCUUUGGGCCAAUUGAACGGUCAUUUACACAUGUUUCAAUCGUAUUCUCCUACAUGGGGUAUGGGCGAGCAAACAUUUGAAUAUUGGGCUUGGCUAUCUCAACAGUAUCGAAUUUUCGCAGAUGUUAUUGAUGCGGCCAUUCAUGCAGGUUAUAAAGUUCCUGUCCCUACCGCUUAUUUAACUUCAGCAAGCGGCACACCCGGCAGCCCUCUAUUAGGUAACGCACCAGGAGGUAUCACCAGCUCUAGUGGCUGUAACCCCGGUGCGAUUCUUCAGCAUCCAGGUUUUUACUACCAUUUGGCAGCCAUGUGUUGUGCCGAACGUCGACGCCGAUUCCUCGAGCUUGAAAGAGCCGAUGCAACCCCAACAUCACCAAUUUUUAACGCCGAGAAAUCAGUUGAUCAUUCCAGUUUAACGAUCGAGUUAUUAACCAAGAGUUACGAACAAUUUAAGCGAUAUCGAAAUGGACGUAUGACACUUUACUUGGCAGCGGAAAUUGCGGGAACUUAUUACGAGACGGGUAAAUUUGAAAUGGCAAUCAAGUUUUUCGAACGCAUUGGAAAGACGUAUCGUAAGGAAAAAUGGGAUAUGGUUUUGACUUCCAUCUUGCGAUGGUCGUUGCGAUGUGCUAAAGAAUUGGGAUCAUGGGAAAAAGCGAUUGAAUGUUUGGUGGAGCUCUUGUCGGAUAAUCUACCCAUGGCAGAGAAUAAACGUAUAGAUAUACAAAAGGAAUUAUUUGAUGUAUUGACCGUACAUCCUGCUGCCAAUAUGGAAGAUCAUCCACCACUCGUGAUUCAAAUGGAUCAAAUCAAUGCUUUUAUUUCUUGUCAUGUUCAAAUCAAGAAGCCCACCAACUUUGUAGGAGCUCCUGUCGAAUAUCAAAUCACACUCAAAACAGAUAAAUCGUCUCCUCCAACACCAUUUCGCUUCAAUACCGUCAAAAUUAUGUUCAAUGAUCCUCAAUAUAACGUUGUCUUGAAGGACAGUGGUGUAGAGACCGAACAUAAAUCUAUUGAGUGGAUGGAUUUCUCCAACAAAUUAACACAAAUCACAGAAGAAGGGGAUUAUAUAAAUUGGUUUUCGGCCGAGUCUGAUUUACGCGUUUGCAAAAAUCAGACCAAAGUAUUACAAGGAUCUGUCAUCCCUCGUGAUUGUGGCGAGCUCAAGAUUAUGGCCGUCUCCCUCAACCUCAUUUCACCACAUUGGCAAGUAGAACUUAAUUAUGCACUCGAUAAAAAUUCAGAAGAUCAACCCGUCACACGAAGAAAAUGGCUUGAAGUUGCAGCAGAUCAACAUCCUGUAUUUAAAAUUAUCGAAGGUCGUGGGUACCUAUCAUCUGCUAAUAUCAUGCAAAAGCCUCCAAGUAUAGAUCUCAAAUUUGAUCAUGCUGCACCUGCAUUACUAGACGAACUUUUCAAGCUCGAUGUGGUCAUGACUAGCUCAGAAACAGAACCUGUGGAAGCAACAUUAUGUGCAGAAAUAAAAUAUUCUGAAGGAGCAGUUUUAGAGGACUAUAUCGCUUUUACCAUGGAGGAUGAUAAUGAAGAUAUUGGUGCUAUUAAAGAAACAAGUGUUGGUAGAAUUGAACCCGGACAGUCUGUUACUAAAUCUAUUUAUCUUCACGGUGGAAAUGUAACAGGUUCCCGAUUAAUUAAUAUCACCGUAAAAUAUUCUAUUGUUGGUAAAGAUGCUUCUUUGCCUGUGGAAAAAACAGAGUCACUUCGUAUUCCUUUUAUCACACCGUUUGAUGCCAGCUUUGAACUAUGUGCCCAAAGCGAAAAACUUGAGCCUUCCAUUUCACCUGACCUCGAAAAAUCAGAGAGAUGGCUUAUGGUGGCAGCCAUCCGAUGUUUCUCAACUUGGGAUUUAGAUAUAAAAAAUGUUCAACUGCAAAAAGAUGAUACUUUAAAUCAACAUACGUCGCUGUCUUUGAUUUCAAGCAUGGAUGAUUUUGAUAAUCAACAAUGGAAAACGGGACAUGUGUACAAUGCAAAUUAUCUAUUUAGACUAACCACAACAGAUAUUACAGAAACACCAUCCGCUAUUCCUGCUGGUACGAUCGAAAUAAAUUGGAAGAGAUCCGGGAUCGACGAUAAAUACUAUAAAUCACUUAUCCGUUUACCUUCCAUUCAAUUUCAAAAACAAGGUCUUGUGGUUUUAGCAGAAACUCCUUCUGAAAUUUACCUAGGAGAACCGUUUACGCUUUCAUUCACGAUUUACAACCCUACGGAAUAUUUAGCUGAAUACACAGCCUCUGUCGAGCUCAGUGAAGCGUUUGUUUUCUCAGGUUAUAAACAACUCAAGAGCCGUGUUUUACCUCUUUCUAGAAUAGCUUACCAGUAUACUUGCUAUCCCUUAUUGGCUGGCAAAGUAAAGCUGCCUCGACUUAAAGUCAUGGCCUCUCAACAACAAGGCCCUGAAAAAGAAGUACCUGUGGAAAUUGUGGGCAGUGGCGUGUCCAUUGCCCUAGACAACGAUUUACAGCCAAGGCAGUCGAAUCUGUCCGAACCAAACAUGCCCAUUUUGGCCUUUGUCAAUGCAAAGCGAAAAUUUUAAUAAAAGGAAAAAGGAAAAAGAGCAUAAUUUGUUAUUUACAACGGA